AUGGCCGGAGAGAGCUCUAAGAAGGCCAAUGCCGCUGGCAAGGCUGCGAUCCCGCUCGACAUUGACGGCCACAACCUCCCGCCGUCGCCCGCGCCGAGCUCGCCCCGCAAUGGCAGGAAGUAUGCGCUCAUGACAGAGCUGGUCUACACAGAGAGCACCGACCAGUACAAUGCCAGCUCUGUGCCCAUCUAUCAGUCGGCAACCUUCAAGCAGGAGUCCGCAACCGGAGGCGGCGGCGAGUACGACUACACACGAUCCGGCAACCCUACACGAACACAUCUCGAAAGACACCUUGCUAAGAUCAUGAACGCGAACCGCGCGCUUGUCGUCUCAUCUGGCAUGGGUGCGCUAGACGUCAUCACCCGUCUCCUACGACCGGGCGAUGAAGUAGUGACUGGCGACGACUUGUAUGGCGGAACAAACCGAUUGCUCAAGUACCUUUCGACACACGGAGGCAUCAUUGUCCACCACGUCGAUACCACAAAUCCGGAAAAAGUACGCGAGGUCGUGAACAACAAGACGGCCAUGGUUCUGCUUGAGACGCCUACAAACCCUCUGAUCAAGAUUUGCGACAUCCCUGCCAUUGCCAGCAUCGCUCACGCCGCAAACCCUACCGCAGUGGUCGCUGUCGACAAUACCAUGAUGUCGCCUAUGUUGCUCAACCCGCUUGACCUUGGUUCUGAUAUCGUUUACGAAUCUGGCACAAAAUAUCUCUCGGGUCACCACGAUCUUAUGGCAGGUGUCAUUGCCAUCAACGACUCUGCGCUUGGAGAUCGACUCUUCUUCACUAUCAACGCUUCUGGCUGUGGCCUGUCGCCUUUCGAUUCAUGGCUGCUGCUCCGCGGUAUCAAGACCCUGGGUGUUCGCAUGGAGAAGCAACAGGCAAACGCUAUGCGUGUUGCCACGUUCCUCGAAUCCCACGGAUUCAAGGUCCGCUACCCUGGUUUGAAAUCACACCCCCAGUACGAUCUGCACUGGAGUAUGGCACGUGGCGCUGGCGCUGUCCUGUCCUUCGAAACCGGCGACGUCACUAUCAGCGAACGCAUCGUCGAGAGCGCUAGACUUUGGGGCAUUAGUGUCAGCUUUGGCUGCGUCAACUCCCUUAUCAGCAUGCCUUGCCGUAUGAGUCACGCAAGCAUUGAUGAGAAGACCAGGAAGGAGAGGAACAUGCCUGAAGACAUCAUCCGACUUUGUGUUGGUAUCGAGGACCCUGAAGAUCUCUUGGAUGAUCUGAGCCGCGCUCUUGUACAAGCUGGCGCGGUGAACAUCACCACCGAAGGCUUCCAAGCCCUGGCCGCAGAGGCCCCUGCCUCAAGCCAGCCCACAGAGGCCCCUGCUCCAGCAGAGUCAUAG